AUGAAGCGCGAACCCGACGACACGCCGAGCGUCCUCUCCCCGGCCCCCUCGUCCCCGGCGUCGCCCACCUCGGACGCCGUCCCCGCGACGAAGAAGCGCAAGACGGCGAGCAAGUCCGCCACCAAGCCCCCUAGCGGCGAGCUCACGCCCGAGAAGAAGGCGCUCCUGAUGGACGCUAUCAUUUCGGCGGGAUACAAGGCUCUCGACAUGACCAAGAUGGCCACCGAGCUCGGACUCAACGCCAAGCAGCUGCAGAACGCGUUCGGGCCCAACCGCAAGGGAAACCUUCGCCACAAGGCCGUCGUUGCCGUCUCUGGAAAGUGA